AUGAGUCCAGCAAUUCAGCCACCUUCUCCUGGAAGACAACAGCCAGGAAAUCAUGUACGACCUUUGAGACUUCUGUCCUCAGAGCUCCCAGUCCAACCCAUAAAGAACGGCAAUCAGCAUUACCUGGUCCGGAUGUUGUUGGCCAUCUUGGCCAUCUGGGCACAUGCUGCCUUUGUCUACAACAAUGGAUUCUACACAAACUCUCCCUUCUAUACUGCUACAACAGCAAAAGGAUUCUUUGGAGCUGUUUCACAGCAGAGAGUGAAGAACCUUGGCAGAACUAGCGUGGAGGCUUCUCCCACAUAUGUGGAAAAGGCACAGGAAAAAUUGCUAAAAUCAUGCUUCUUGUCAAAGGCUAUGAAGCACACAGAAGGCCUUGCACCAGUCCACGGUGAGAGCAUCAUGAAGGUCUGCAUAUUCUUCCUUUAUGCUAUGUUACUUCUCCCAGGUAUUGCUGCCAUCAUGCAUCAUGUGAAGUCAUUUCUCAAUCACACAGCAUUCCUGUCCUGCUCUUUUCCAAACUUUCAGAAAAUUGACCUACAGGAUUUAAGAGUUUUUUGGCAAAAAGGGUCUGUUGAAGUUGUGCAUGAAGUAUACUAUGGCCAUGAAAAGCAUGCUAACCUCAGUCCUAAAUAUAUAAAUCGCACCAAGAUGGAUAUGGACAAAUGGACCUUGCAAUUGUUAAAUGCAGGAGUUGUGGAUGAAGGACAGUACACCUGUAUUGUACAGCACAAAGAUAAAGGAUCACCAAAGGUCAUACACACAUCUGAGUGCUUACUGCACAUCAUUGCCAACUAUAGUCAACCUGAGAUAGAAUGGCUGCAUACUGGAGAACUAAAGCCCAACGAGUACUUGAAUCUUUCCUGUUCUUCCAGCGGGGGUUAUCCUGAGCCCAAGCAGAUGUCAUGGAUAGUUUCAUAUGAAAACAAAACACAACGUUUUAUAGCUCACAUGGAUGUCUCACAGGAUGCUGUAACAAAGCUGUACAAGGUUACUAGCAAGCUGGACGUCUCAGUUCCUACAAACACUCCCACUAAUAUUAGCUGCCUACUUUACCUUGGAGAGCAGCUGGAGAGCCUUUUCUCAGUGCCAUUACACAUAGAGAUACAGAGAGAAGAAAUGCAGCAAGUGAAGAUAAAUUUCUUUGCCCCACUUACGGCUGCGUUUAUACUGAUCACACUUCUUCUGGGUUUUGUGAUACUGAAGAACAGAAAUAUCUCAUCUACCAAUCAGAGUGUUGGUCUAGCAGUUUAG